GUGGUUUCCGGAAAUUAAAGCCCAAGUCCGUUUCUCGUCCGUCUCUUUCUUUUCUCCCAUCUCCAUAGCCGCAUCUCUUUGUCUUCUCCCAGACGCCUGCCUCCAAAUUCCAGGUUCGUCGAUCUUCAACAGAAAGACCCAAAUUACCGAAUAUCUUCCAUCCGUUCUGUAGCGAAAUCUCCAGAUAGGGAAAUGGAUGCAAAUGUACCAAACCUAAAAAAGUGGAUUAUUUUAUACCCAGUGUAUAUAAAUUCAAAGAAGACAAUCGCUGAGGGAAGGCGAAUCAGUGUGAGCAAAGCUUGUGAAAACCCUACUUGUGCUGAGAUUCAAGAUUGUUGUAAUCACCUUAAAGUCCUCAGCACUAUAGAGACUGAAAAGGCAUAUCCACGUGACUAUAUGCAAAGAGGGAGAGUUAGAGUUCUACUUAAAAGGGAAGAUGGGUCUUUGUAUAAUCUAGCUAUAUCUUCCAGAAAAGAGCUGAUGAUGCAUGUGGCAGAGUUGGUGCCUAGACAUCCAAAUAGGACAAAGAAGCAAGAGCCUGCAUCCUCUGCAGCUGCUGGCACUUCCAAACCGGGAAAGGGUGGCAAAAAGAAGAGAUAGUUCCCAUUGCCAAGGAAUUCCUCAAUUAUUUGACUGGACUCGCCUUUUUGUCUUUUUCUGCCCUUACUUAAAAUAUUAGUACUAAUAAUAGCAGUUUAUAAAAUGCUUACGCUGUACUUAUCUUACAUACACGUCAAACUCUGAUGAACAGUACUUUUCAGUUUUCACCAAAAAAAUGCAUGCUUUUAAAAACGUACCCGCCACCCACCUCCAUGUUUUCAGCUCCUCACAUGGAAACAAGAAAUUGAGUUUGGAAUUUGGAAACAAAAUUGACCUCCAAUUUGAUUUGGACCUUUAUUAGAUGGCUUUACUUUCAACUUUUUUAAAAGUUCUGGUCGUAUUUCUAUUUCAAUUGUAGUUAUUACUCCAUACUAAAUCAUUCUUGUUAUUUAUAUUAUUAUUAAUAUUAUUAUUAUCAUCAUUAUUAUGAG